AGCUUCCCUGGAAAUCGCAGCCCCGGGGCCCGCGGUGUCCGGGCAGGGUGAAGGGAGCGGGGCUGGGCAGAAGCGGGUGUGCCCGGCCCCGAGCAGGAGCCGUGAGCUCCCGGCUCUCCCAGCUGCCGCGGGAUCGAGCUGUGGAAGGCGCGUCGCCUGAAAGAAACCAGCCCUGUCCUAGGUGAUGCAGCAGUGCCAGUCAACAAAUCUGCGAGUGAGUGAAACUCCGCUGGAGGAGUGAGUCAAGCUCCACAGAUGAAAUAAGGUGUUACAUUUAGCACACUGGACAAGACAUCUGAUAACUGAAUAAUUAUGUUCAGGAGCAAAGCAUCGAGUCUGUCAACAGUGAUUGCCUUGAUGUUUGGCCAGUCAAAUUUGGCUUGCAAAUUUUUUCAUCCAGUUAUUGCUUCUCAUGGACUUUGCUGUCACAGAAGUGUAAUUUACAAACAGAGGUACAGGAUGCACCAACUUAGUGCUGGAAGACGAACAAUAAACACUGGGACCAAGGUCAUGGCAGAAGGAGAGUUGCCAUCUGUUUUGAUCCUGGAUAUAGGAGGAACUCAUGGCGUGCUAGAAGACCUUGCAGCACUUUUGAAGAAACACUUUCACCUUAUCACCAUGAAAGAAUUUCUUGGAAACAAAGAGGAAAUGAGAAAAAAAAUCCAAUCCAUUUUUGUGUUUGAGUGCAGGCCAACUAUUGACCGUGAGCUUCUAGAAAGCCUGCCUAAUUUAAAGGUGAUUGCAAACUCUGGGGUUGGAGUGGAUCACUUAGACUUGAAAAUGAUCUCGAGCUUUGGUGUGAAAGUGACCAACACCCCACACGCUGUGGCAGACCCAACAGCAGACAUAGGAAUGGCCUUGAUGCUGGCCUCUGCCAGAAGACUAGUGGAAGGCUGCCACAUUGCCCUGUCUCCAGACACAAAGUAUUUUGCUGUUGACUGGCUGGGAGUGGAAGUAACCAGCGCAACACUUGGGAUCAUUGGGAUGGGCAGCAUUGGAUACAAAGUGGCUCAGAGAGCCAGAGCCUUCAACAUGAGGAUCCUGUACCAUAACAGGAACCAGAGAAGAAAGGAGGAUGAAGAGGCUGUUGGUGCCCACUACUGUGCAAAGAUGGAAGACUUGCUGCAGCAAUCUGACUUUGUUAUGUUGGUUGUGAACCUGACUCCUGAGACUCACAAACUGAUUGGGAAAAAGGAACUGGGGCUGAUGAAACCCACAGCUACUCUUAUAAACAUCAGCCGAGGUGCAGUUAUUGAUCAAGAUGCAUUGGUAGAAGCUCUCCAGAAUAAGGUUAUUAGGGCUGCAGCUCUGGACGUGACAUACCCUGAGCCUCUGCCAAGAGAUCAUCCCUUAUUAAACCUGAGUAACGUCAUCAUAACCCCGCACAUUGGAACCGCAACAGUCCAGGCCAUCCGUAUGAUGGCAGAAGAAGCAAUAGCAAACAUGCUGGCUGCUUUGAAUGACCAGCCCAUUCCAAGUGAAGUGUUUCCCAAAUGAUGAGUGCCAGAUGAUGCCACUAAAUUUCCUGUGUACUGGAAAGCACUAUUUCUUACCAUUUUAAGCUGAAUAAAAAAGUAUCCUGUUCCUGCACUGCUCAUCAUGAUGCUGCAAAACUGUCAGACUUGAUCUGGUCUGUUACUUACAAUUUGUGAAAAACGCCAAUCACUUGUUUUAAAUUUUUAAAAGUUUAAUAGUAAUAAAAUGGUUAUAAAAAUAGUAACACAAAUUAGAGCAAUAAGAAUUUGGACAAUCAGAGUUAGGACAAUAAAGGACAACAAAAGCAAAAAAUUAUGAAUGUUUGGAUGCUUUCCUCUUGAGAGCAUGGCUCCCUAACAAAGGAUUAACCCUUAAAAGCAAUAGCCUGUUGCAUAUUCAUAUAUCUCAUACAUGAUCCAUACAUUCCUUUCAAAUUAGAGAUUUCUCUGGUUACUGUUAACUUCCCCCCCCCUUAAUCCUGUUGGCACCUCAAAGACAAGAAGGAGGUAGUAGAAAGUGUGUAUUUUCACAUAAGGAGGCAAUAAUUCUUCUCUUGGAGAUUUAGGUGUCUUGUUGCUGUUAUCACUGUGCGAAGAAUUUCUCGAGCUAGUUAGAAAAAGUAUCUUAUAUCACAUAGUUUUUAUUUUAAUACUAUGUUAUAGCCUAAAAUUAUAUUUAACACACUACUGAAAAGGAUUAAUAUAGUAUAAAUUGUUAACAUAACACGUAAAAUACCCAUUUUAAUAUUUGCAAAAAGCCAAUCACAAAAUACACAUUUUUCACACAAUUAAAAAAAAUAAAGUGGAACUAAUAAAAGAAAUUUGUUUCAAGAUUUUAACUGUUAUGCAUUUUCGUAUCUUCAGUCUGUUUCAGUGAAUAGCAAUGUUCUGUUCCCAGUUCUUGCUGGUGCAUAAUGAUAAGCAAGUGCAUCUGGCAAUUUGUGUAACACUCUCCAAUCCGUUGAAGAUGAACGAGCAUAGAUUCCCUGCAGAAAUUUGACUGUAUCCUGAAAGACUUUUCAGCCAAUAUUCCAAUAUCCUAUUUUUAUAUGAAAACAUUGAAGAAAUGUUCUUUAAAUUGAUCAUAGGCCUAAGGUUUUCUAAUUUAGGAAGAGCCCUGCUUCAUCUACAUGUGAAAGCAAAGCCAAUUGUUGAAAAAGUGUCUUUAUUUGUUAUUAAGGUAUCCCUUGAAAAUCAAAGUAAAUUCCAAGAGAUUUAGUUCCUCUGUGCAGAUACAAAUGAUGCUUUUAUCUUUACUGGCCAUGAGAAAAAAGUAGAAUUACCAUCGAAAUCACAUUGGUGAGGGUAUAACCUAAAGCAAAAUUAAUGAUCAGUCCUGACUUGCAGUCCAGGGCCAAGCUUCUUCUUACAUUCUUUCCUAUUAGCAAUCAACAAAUUCAGAAAAUUCAAUAAAAUGGUUGUCACCUUCAUAAAGUCAGGAAGAUUUUCCAUUAUUUUGCAACAUGGUCAGGCUCCCUGAUGGGAUGGUAAAAUGAAGUUCUAGUGCAGGAAGUGUAGGGAGGUCAAGACAUUCCAUUGGAAAUCCUAAAAUAAUACUAGCAAGGCAACAGAAAUGCUACAGGAUUGCUACUCCAAGAUCUUCAGCUCUUGAACACUCCCCACAGCUCUUCCCAAAAUUGCUAUUGAAAAUCGAAGGUAGCUAUAUAUAGUCUGUCAAAAAAACCCAAAGUAACUCAAUUCACAGGCCCUCUUGGGACCAAAACCAGAUGGUUUGGGAUUCUGAGGAAAAAAAAAAAAAAACAAACCAAAAAAUCAAUCCAAACAAUUUAGAAUGUGUAUGUCCUUCUUGUAAAACACUUGCCUAAGCAUAUAUGAUUUUGUUAUUUUGGUAAUUUGCAGUAGGCUUAGGAAAGGGCUCUGCAGUCACUGGGGUCUUUUCAGGACAGGUGGCUGCAAAAAGCAUUUAAAAAUUAACCUGAUAACUCAAAGUUCAUGAGGAAGCUGUGCAAUUUAUUUUCAUGACAUAAAUUUGGGACAACAUUUUUCUAAACUACUUAGACAGGGUACUUUGUGAUUUCAGGGUAGCAAAGGAGAUAUAUAUACUGCAAGCUACUGAGGAUCUGAAACUAAGUAGUUAAUGGCAAGUGUUGCGUUUUGAGCAUGGUAGCAGCAAUAUUGCUGUGGUACAUAUUUUUGAUUGUAAUUCGAUCCUAGUAGUCAGAUUUAUAACCACCCCCCCUGCAUUUUGUAUUAUUAUAGCAUAUUUUAUUACCAAUGGAUUGUUCCUUUCCCCCCUGUGUUGUUUUUUUGCCCUGGUUCCUUUUGCCCUAGUUGUUGCUUUUUUUGUUGUUUUGGUCUAGUUGUCCAUCUCCCCACAGACCUGCCCUUUUGUUCCCUGUUCCUCCUCCCAUUGAAUGUCAGUUCCUCCCCUUUCUCUAGAAACUUCCCAAUCAAUUUUGUAUCCUUCAAAACCCCAUUGGUUUGUUUAAGUUGUUCUCCUUCCCUGUAAUCUCCUAUCGGUUUAAAUAUUGUAUCCCCCUCCUUGUGUUCCGCCGGGAGUUUCUCCCAAUUGGCUAAAGAUUGUAUGCUCCCCUGGACCUCCCCUGUUUAUAAGUUGGUGUAUGGUUUUGAUUCAGUGUAUUUCUGUCCCUGACAGCUGUCUGGGGGUGGUCACUCUUGCUGACAGUGUUGGGAGUUAGUCGGGCAGAAGAAAUCCGGCACGGCAGCAUAAUAUGGAAUCUUAGAUCACGGGGACAGAACUUGUUCAGACUGAUUAUGUGAAAACCUCUGUGUAUGUAUGUGGGCAACUGUGUGUAUAAGUGGUAGCAUAUUUAAAAGACCUGCUUGCUUGUCUUGGUUUUGUUAUCUUCCUUUGUGGUUUACAGGAUCUCUUGACAUAAAUGUCAUUAAACAGGACAUGGCAGUGAUUAUUCUUUAAAAUGUCUGGAAAUAAUAAUAUGUGUUUCUUCUGACACUUUGUGUCUUUCUUCUUU